CGCUCCCGGGAAGGAGCGGCCUGAGCGCCCGCACGAGCAGCCCAGUAUUUCGGGACGGAGUGUCGGGGCCGGCGGGCCGUGGGCAGGUCGGGCACCAUGGUCGCCCUCCUGCUGCUGCUGCCUCUGCUGUCGCUGCUGCUGCUCCGGAAGCGGCCCCUGUGGCUGCAGCUGCGCUGGCUGGCGGCUGACCUGGCCUUCGCCGUGCGCGCCGCGCGAUGCAAAAGGGCCCUCCGCGCCGAGGCGCUGGCCGCGGCCGCCGCCGACCCCCAGGGUCCCGAGGCGGGCUGCAGCCUGGCCUGGCGCCUCGCGCAGCUGGCUCGCCGGCGGCCCGCGCACACUUUCCUCGUGAGCGGCGCGCGGCGCUUCAGCUACGCCGAGGCGGAGCGCCAGAGCAACCGGGCGGCGCGAGCCUUCCUGCGCGCGCGGGGCUGGACCGCGGGGCCCGGCGGCGGCGGCGGCGAGGCCGAGAGCGAGGCCCCUCUGACCCCGGGGGACACCGUGGCGCUGCUCCUCCCCGCCAGCCCCGAGUUCCUGUGGCUCUGGUUCGGGCUGGCCAAGGCCGGCCUCCGCGCGGCCUUUGUGCCCAGCGCCCUGCGACGCGCCCCCCUGCUGCACUGUCUCCGGGGCUGCGGCGCGAGCGCGCUGGUGCUGGCGCCAGAGUUCCUGGAGUCGCUGGAGCCUGACCUGCCGGCCCUGAGAGCCCUGGGGCUCCACCUGUGGGCGGCAGGACCUUCCCCCACUCCUGCUGGUAUCCCUGAUCUGCUGGCAGAGGCCGCGGCAGAAGCGGACGAGCCUGUGCCCGGGUACCUGUCGGCCCCGCAGAAUGUGACGGACACGUGCCUGUACAUCUUCACCUCGGGCACCACAGGUCUCCCCAAGGCUGCGCGCAUUAGCCAUCUGAAGGUGCUGCAGUGCCAGGCCUUCUACCAGCUGUGUGGCGUCCACCAGGAGGACAUCAUCUACCUAGCCCUGCCUCUCUACCACAUGUCCGGUUCACUGCUUGGCAUCGUGGGCUGCCUGGGCAUCGGUGCCACAGUGGUGCUGAAAUCCAGGUUCUCCGCGGCCCAGUUCUGGGAGGACUGCCAGCAGCAUGGGGUCACUGUGUUCCAGUAUAUCGGCGAACUGUGUCGCUACCUUGUCAACCAGCCGCCGAGCCCAGCAGAGCACGGACACCGCGUACAGCUGGCGGUGGGCAGUGGGUUGCGGCCGGACACCUGGGAGCGGUUCGUGCGACGCUUCGGGCCCCUGCAGGUGCUAGAGACGUACGGCCUCACCGAGGGCAAUGUGGCCACCUUCAACUACACAGGCCAGUGCGGCGCUGUGGGCCGGGCCUCCUGGAUUUACAAGCUCGUCUUCCCCUUCGCUCUGAUCCGCUAUGAUGGCACCACAGGGCAGCCGGUCCGAAACGCCAAGGGGCGCUGCGUGGCCGCCUGUGCAGGGGAGCCUGGGCUGUUGGUGGCCCCUGUGAGCCAGCAGUCCCCAUUUCUGGGCUACGCGGGAGGCCCCGAGCUGAUGCAGGGCAAGCUGCUGCAGGACGUCUUCCAGCCCGGGGACGUGUUCUUCAACACCGGGGACUUGCUCGUCUGUGACGCAGACGGUUUCCUGCGCUUCCACGACCGCACCGGAGACACCUUCAGGUGGAAGGGGGAAAACGUGGCCACCACCGAGGUUGCAGGGGUCUUGGAGGCCCUGGACUUCCUGCAGGACGUGAACGUCUAUGGCGUCCGCGUGCCAGGGCACGAAGGCCGGGCCGGAAUGGCAGCCUUGGUGCUGCGGCCCCCACACAGCCUGGACCUCGCCAGGCUCUACAGCCACGUGUGUGAGAACUUGCCACCUUAUGCCAGGCCUCGGUUCCUGAGACUCCAGGAGUCUCUGGCCACCACAGAGACCUUCAAGCAGCAGAAGGUGCGGCUGGCCCAGGAGGGCUUUGACCCGAGCACCGUGUCAGAACCACUGUAUGUGCUGGACGCGACCGCCGCUGCCUACUUGCCGCUCACAGCUGCCCAGUACUGCGCCCUCCUGGCUGGGCACCUGCGCAUCUAAGCACUUCGGGUCCUGAGCCUCUCUGGCACUGCCUUUGUUGUCGUCGUUUUCUAAUAAAAGGGAUGGGAGCCACUGCUC